AUGGUCCCAUUAUUGAAGUUUUUUGUGAACAUCACAAUCCUCGAGAAAUACUGUGGAUAUGGAUUUCUGGGAGAUAGAUCUGGCAACCCAAUUUUAAUGUCCCUUCUGGGCAAUAUGGAUGUUGAGGGGAUGCUCCGAUCAGUUCAAUCAAAAGAUUACAUUAAAUUUUCACUUGCUGCCAUAGAAAAGGGUAUAGCUUUGUGUAGACAACGGGCUCAGGAAUCUGGACUUGCUUUUGAGCAGAUGAUGCUCGUCUUCGAUUUAGACCACAUAACAUCUGCCCAUUAUUCAUCCAAACAAUUUGCUUCUUCCUUCACAACCUUAAUUAUGCUAUUUCAAGAACACUAUCCACUUGUUUUGAGAAAAAUUUUAAUUAUUAGAGCACCAGAAAUGGCCAGAAUUGCUUUUAAUUCAAUGACACCUUUCCUCUCUGAAGCAACCCAAAAAUUAAUUGAAAUCCCGUCAGAGGAGGAUUGGAAAAUGGCGUUGAGUGAAUAUGUGGAUCUCGAUGCUUGGCCAGUCCAUUGGGGAGGCAGAAUGUGCGAGAAUGGAGAUCCAAAAUGCCCCUCAAAAGUUCGUUACGGCCUUGGGCCCGUCCCUGACUCCUAUUAUGUUGACCAGUCAACAGUAAUGACUGAUUACGAUCAACUAACUACAGUGUAUGCAGGUGAUAAACAUCUAAUUGAGUUGAGAGUGAAGGCUAAUACUAGAAUAAGUUGGCAAUAUAUGACAGAAGAAGAGGAUAUUGGAUUUGCCGUUUAUUUUGAUUCUUCUGGGACAGCAAAUAAUUUGGCUGAAAUGGAAUGUGUUUACCCGUAUAUUCGCUUGGAAUGCUCGUUAGUUCCUAUUUCUGGAUCUAUGCUUUGUGAACAGACUGGAAGAUAUAUAAUCGAAUUUGACAAUUAUUAUUCUUGGUUCUCGGCUAAACAGUUGCGUUAUAAUAUUGAAAUUGAUGAUAGAGGAGUGAAUUAA